AUGGUAUCAUCAUUUGGUGGUAGAAGUGUAGAAGUUCCUAUCAUGGGUUCAGCUAUAUCAGGUCUUACUGAUAAUCCCUCGUCUCUUCUUAGAGUUUUAAAGGAGGGUUUUGAUGUGAGUUAUGAAGCAUCAGCUAGUCGAAACGAUAUGGAAUUCUGUUUGAGUUGUAGUGCUUCUGGUGGAACAUGUGGAUACUAUGACGACUCCACGGUCAAGAGCUUGACCUGUUUUUGUCGCAACGGUGGCAAUGGAAACACUUGUGGUGGUGGUCCUAGUUCCGUUAAAGGCGCCAAAAAUAAGAAGAAAAUUGAUAAUAGAGGAGGAUCUACACUUGGUGUGCUGCUAGUUUCGGUCUUAUUGAUCAUCCUAAUCUGUUGCUUCAGGAGGAAAUUCUCAUUGGGUAGUCGUAGUUCAUUCAAGUGGUUAUGCAGGAAGGAGCAAAAUAAGCAUCAAACACGACUUAUAGAUGCCUUCUUCGAAAAUUAUGGAUCUUUAGCUCCUAAGAGAUUCAAGUAUGCUGAAGUCAAGAAAAUGACAAGUGAUUUUAAAGAGAAACUCGGUCAAGGAGGUUAUGGGUCUGUGUUCAAAGGACAGCUUCAUGAUGGUCGUUUGGUUGCGGUGAAGGUUUUGUCUGAUAGAUCCAAAAGUAGCAAGAGUAAUGGAGAAGAAUUCUUGAAUGAGGUUGCAAGCAUUAGUAAGACUUCCCAUGUAAAUGUGGUAAAACUUAUUGGGUUUUGCUACAAUGGUAACAAAAGAGCUCUCAUCUAUGAGUUUAUGCCAAACGGUUCUCUUGAUAAAUUCAUUUACCAAAACAAACAGUUAGCCGAUCCAAGUUUUACAUUAGGAUGGGAAUCAUUAUUCCAGAUUGCAAUUGGAAUUAGUCGUGGACUAGAGUAUCUGCAUCGCGGUUGCACCACAAGAAUCCUACAUUUUGAUAUAAAGCCUCAAAACAUUCUCUUAGAUAAGAACUUCCGCCCAAAGAUAGCAGACUUUGGUCUGGCUAAGUUGUGUUCUCGAACAGAUAGCAUUAUAUCCAUGUUGGGGACAAGAGGAACUGCUGGCUAUAUUGCUCCCGAAGUAUUCAGUAGAAAUUUCGGAGGAAUCUCCCACAAGUCUGAUGUUUAUAGCUAUGGGAUGAUGGUAUUGGAAAUGGUCGGGGGUAGAAAAAACAUUGAUGUGCAAGUGGAAUUGGAUCAUUCUUCUCAACUCUAUUUUCCACAUUGGAUUUAUGACCGUCUCAAAUUAGAAAAGGAUCUUGGAUUGCAGGGGCUUAUGAUGGAGGAAACAGAAAAACUUGCUAAGAAGUUGACUAUAGUGGGUUUGUGGUGCAUACAGACUAACCCUUUAAGUAGGCCUUCAAUGAGUGAAGUAUUGGAAAUGUUGGAAGAAAGCGUCGAAUCCUUGAAACUUCCACCAAAACCUUUCCUUUCUUCACCACCUCCUAGAUCAACUAGUUCCUCCUAUCAUCCGUCUAACACGAGGGAGGAGCAAUCUUCCAGUAUCUCAGGAGGAGAAAACACCUUACAUGGAAUAGAAGCUAUCCCAAUUCUCUAUAAUGCAAAAGCAGGGAAUGACAGCUUAUCCACCAUGGAAGUGUUCCGAAUUCGCAGUGAUGCAAAAUCAGGGAAUGCAAGCUUACCUGCCAUUGAAGGGUUGCAAAUUCAUGGUGAUGCAAAACCAGGCAAUAGGCUGCGAGCAUGCAGGUUUCCUAAAUGUGGGACUACUUUAUGCAUGUUUCAGUGGACUCGACAUCUUGAUCCUAAUGAAAACAGGCCUUCGUACAUUGAAGGAGCUACAGAUCCAGAUUAUGUAGUCACUGCUGAUGAUAUCGAUAAGCUUAUUGCUGUCGAUUGCAUCCCAAUGAAUGGUGACGGCUGCCAGGGUGAAUUGAUGAGACUUUUCGCCAAUAAUCAGACAAAAAUAACAUGUGAUCUAGAAAUGCAAAUGAAGAUUAAGACUCACAUAUCCGAAGGUCAAGCCAGAUUUAAUGUCCUACGGAUACUAUGGAAGGAUACAUCUAAAGUUUGGGACCCAAGAACGUUCAUUUUGAACAGCCAAAGCUACCAAAUUAGGAACGUAGAUGAUCUGAUAUUUCAGGAGGAUUACUCAGAUAACUCAUAUAUUCAAAUUCCGUAUGGGCACACGGCACAGCUUGUGUUAACAUGCUCAGAUGGGAGUUCUCAUCUUUUUAGCACAGGCAAUGGUGUUCGGUAUGUGGGUUUUUUAUAUGGGUAAAUUUAUUAAAUACCCUUAGUUUUGACACCCGAUAAAUAUACCCUUAUACAACAAUAUAAAUACCCCUAUCAUUUAAAUACCUUAUCCAUUAAAAAAUAGAUUACCUUAAUAUCUCACUUACAAUAUUAUUUUCCAUUUAAAAAUCUUAUCCAUUAAAAAAUAGAUUUUCUAUUAUUUCACAUCCGCCAGCAACAACAUUUCACCACCACCAACAGCACCGCCGCCACCACCACUCCACCACCACCACCACUUACUAAAUACAACCACCAAUAAUAUUCCAACAUCGCCACACACAACCACCAUUGUUGUUGCCGCCGCCGCCAUCAAUAUUAGGUGUCAACAACUGAAGUUGAUCCAAAAAAUCAAAAGUUCAAAAAUAUUUGUCAAAUUUGGUUGUUGAUUCCAUUUUUCUAUUGUUGAUACACAAACAUUGGCUGUUGACUCCCUUA